CCCCUCCUCUCUCUUUUUUAUUUGUUUCACAGAUGUCUCUGAGGUAGGUAAGUUGAUUCAAUCCUGAAGAAUUCAGGGGAGGAACGGAAGCCAUCUCCUUGAGAAGUUUGUCCAUCCUUGAUAUACACAGGAAAUGGAGACAUCAUCUGCCAUGCUUGGAAUUGGGAAAUUGUUUUCAGUCUUCUUCCUAAUCCCACAUCUGGGCAUCUGGAGUAUUGACGGGGGAAAAUCAUGUGAUAUACAGCUUUACAUUAAGAGGGACUCCCUACACACUGUCUCAGUUGGGAGUCCAUUGCAACUGAAAUGCCCUGUAUCAUACUGUGCAAAUAGACCUAACGUGACCUGGUGCAAGCUUGAAGAAAAAAGCUGUUCAUAUCUUAGGAAUAGACCUCAGACGCACACAAGUUGGGAAGCAAAGGACAAUAUUUCCAUUUUUGUUCUGCAUUUUGAUCAAGUACUUGUUAGUGACAAUGGAUCAUACCGCUGUUCUGCAAAUAUUCCACCUGGAGUCAUUGAAAGCCACUCAAUAACCGUUAUUGUGACAGAACGGACUCAAAACAAUUCAGAACACCCUCUAAUAAAUGCAACCAGUGCCUCAGCAACAACCUCCAAGGAAGAGACAGCGGACAAACGAUGGAUCCUGUAUAGUUUUCUUCCUUUGGGGGGAUUGCCUCUGCUCAUUACCUGUUUCUACCUAUUCUUCUGCCUGAGAAGGCACCAAGGGAAACAAAAGAAGCCUUCUGAUACAACAGGAAGGGAAAUUAACCUGGCUGAUGUUCCUCAGCCCUUUAGGAGUGAGCACACUGAAGUGGGCACCAGGCAAAAUUCCCAAACACUGCCAUCAGAAACUGGAAUUUAUGAUAAUGACCCCCUGUUCGGGGUCCAGGAAGAGUCUGGGGUUUAUUCUAACCCAUGUCUGGAGGACAAUAAACAAGGCAUUGUUUAUGCUUCCCUGAACCAUUCCCUCGUUGGAAUAAACCCAAGACAGGCAAGAAAUGUGAAAGAAGCACCUACGGAAUAUGCCGCUAUAUGCGUGAGGAGUUAAAUCUGGUCCCGGUCUCCAGCCAUGACUACAGAAUGAUCAGCAUGUCAGCACCAUUGUCUGAGCCCACAGAAUGUCAAAGAACAUUCCUUGACCUGAGAAGUUUCACUUUAAGGAGGUUCAUGUUGGUGCUUGGGUCUUAAGGGUCCACAGGACAAAUAACUAAAAUUUCUCCCAGGUGCUUCUUUGGGAGCCUUUUAUACUAUAGCCUUGAACAACAAAAUCUUCUCUCUGAAACUAUGUGAUAUCCUGAGUAGCAGAGUAGUAGAACAUUUCAAUUUAGCUACAUUUUACCCAAUAUACAAACUCAAUAUUUUCUUUGGACCUAUCAGAGACAUGAAAGGAAGAGAGGUUUGUGUUAUCUGGAUCAGUUCGCUACACUCUCUUGAAAAAUAAUGUCCCAAUUAACUAACUAGUCAUAAAUACAGAAAUGUUUAUUUCCAGUCAAUCUUCCAUAAUAAGAAAUUAUGCUCUGUCAAUCUAAUACUGGGGUUUCUUAAAUGUAAAGGAGAAAUAACUUUAGAUUUGGUGAUAUUACAAAAGAAUGGAAAGAAUAAAUGGUGCAAUAAAGAUGUGGAGUACAGCAACUGGAAGCGAGGUAGAUGUUCCCCAUAUCUGACAAACAAGUGCUUAUUAUAUCCGCCCUGUUAGAUUGCUAAGCAAACAUAGGUAGUCAUGGAGCAACUAAUGUAUGGUGCAUUUAUAAACAAAAUGGUGACUCAGUGUUUGGGUCACAUAGACUAAUAUAUAUGAAUGUGACAUAAUGCUGCUGAAUUAACAUACUUACAGGUAUCUGAACAGGUAUAAAAAUCAGUGAGAUUAUUGUCAGGCAAGGGCAGAUCGAUGGCUUAAACUGCUUCAUGGUUGACCUCAUAGCAAAUUAAAAGCACAAUUAAUAGAAUGGAGAAAAGUCCAAAAUAUUUAAUUGGCCUGUAUAGGUCAACAUACUUUCAUUCGCCACAUCUGUGUCUUGCUGUUCUUCUUAUUAAGGAAGAGAAAAUCAGAUAGUGAAGUAUUACAGUUUGAUAACCAUUCCUUUAAAAAUACUGAGGUUGCAGCUACUGAAGAGUAUAGCAAGAAGAGAUGCUUCCAGAUUUUCUAAAUUUCCAGAGUUCUUGAGUCUAAUUAUUUCAAAAACAGCCUACAACUUUUUUCAACAGCUUGAGGCUAUUCAGGUUCUCAGGUGCUGCUACUAGUAAUACAAUAGACCUCAUACAAAGUGGAUAGCAAAGGUUAGGACCCAUUUGAACCAAUGUGUGAGCUGCUGCACAAACGAAUGCGGGGGUGCGUGUGUGUGUGUGAGUUAGUGCGUAGAAGGAAGGGUAGGUGACUUACAGAAAUUGUACAAGAGAAACUGACAAGCUGAAGUUCUAUUUCAGUUCGCUAAAGAAGCUCAAAAUAUAGAGUAAGCGGGUCAUUACAAAAAAAUGUAUGAAAGUAAUGUAUGAAAUUAUGGGGACAGGAGUAAAAUUUUUUGUCCCAAAAGAUGAACUUGAGAUUUUUGUGGCCAAGCUUUUCUUAUGUAACUUUGGCAUUAAGAUUUUGCCCCUUAGAUUGGGGUUACGGGUGUUGUUUUAGAGUCACUAUUUUCUAGCCAGUAUGAUAUCGUUAAACCUAGAAUUUUGAGUAACCCUAAUUCUAGGUAGACUCUUUUAGCCAAGCUGCAUUUUUGGGAAACUUAGGUACAAAAGGCGUAUUAGAAUAGCUUCUUGCGGUACUCUUAAAAAUAGAAACAGGAAGUAUGGGGAGGAUGCAUUUUGCUGUCCUUAUCAGAUAAACUCACAAAGCUGAACAGUUCCUUCAUAAUCUUCUUGAAUUUAAAAAACAAGAUAUUUCUGUCUAUUGUUUAUAAUAUUCUUAGCAUGCCUUACAGUAAAGACAAUGUUGAUAAUGAUUUCAUCUCUGUAAAUGAUUUAUAUAUGUAUUUGUACCAUCCUGCCAAAAUCAUAAAUCAUUUAUGCUUUUAUUUCUUCUUAAUAAAAGGUGUCAGAGUUAUAUAUGUAUUUCCCAAA